GAAAAGCCUCUGUUGCUCUAGUUCUAAGGAAAUGCUCGCCUUUUUCUCUAAAAUAAAGCUUUCUGCAGGAGACAAACUCUACAUAAGAAACAAGAAGUAAGAUAAAACUACUUGACAAAAUGACUUCUUGUCAUGUUGCUGAAGAGCCUAUAAAAAGGGUUGCUAUCUUUGGAGGAACUCAUGGAAAUGAGCUAUCAGGAAUAUUUCUAGUUAAGCACUGGCUAGAGAAUGGCUCUGAGAUUCAGAGAACAGGACUGGAGGUAAAGCCAUUUAUCACCAACCCAAGAGCAGUGAAGAAGUGUACCAGAUAUAUUGACUGUGACCUGAAUCGAGUUUUUGACCCUGAAAAUCUUGGCAAAAAUACAUCAGAGGACUUGCCAUAUGAAGUGAGAAGGGCUCAAGAAAUAAACAAUUUAUUUGGUCCAAAAGAUUCCUAUGACAUUAUUUUUGAUCUUCACAACACUACUUCUAACAUGGGGUGUACUCUUAUUCUUGAAGAUUCCAAGAGUGACUUCUUAAUUCAGAUGUUUCAUUAUAUUAAGGCUUCCUUGGCUCCAUUACCCUGCUAUAUUUAUCUUAUUGAACAUCCUUCCCUCAAGUAUGCAACCACUCGUUCUAUAGCCAAGUUCCCUGUUGGUAUAGAAGUUGGGCCCCAGCCUCAAGGAGUUCUGAGAGCUGAUAUUUUGGAUCAGAUGAGAAAAAUGAUUAAACAUGCUCUUGAUUUUAUAAAUAAUUUCAAUGAAGGAAAAGAAUUUCCUCCCUGUGCAAUUGAAGUCUAUAAAAUAAUAGAAAAAAUUGAUUAUCCCAGGAAUGCAAAUGGAGAAAUUACUGCUAUUAUCCACCCUAAUCUGCAGGAUCAAGACUGGAAGCCAUUGCAUCCUGGGGAUCCUGUGUUUUUAACUCUUGAUGGAAAGACUAUUCCAUUAGGCGGAGAUAGUACUGUGUACCCAGUAUUUGUAAAUGAGGCUGCCUAUUAUGAAAAGAAAGAAGCUUUUGCCAAAACAACUAAAUUAACACUCCAAGCAAAAAGUAUUCAUUGUUCUUUCCAUUAGAAAUUGCUUCUUAUUCACUACUUUUGCUAUCUGUUUAAAAACUCUACUAGUUUUUAAACUGCUCAUGAGCAGGAUUGUGCCUUAUUCAACUUCAUAUCCAUAGUACCUAGCCCCAUGCCUUUCACAAGUGGGCAUUCAGGUAAAUUUCUUUAACAAAUGAAUAAAUUAAUGAGUGAGUAUAUUUAAAGAUAUCAUAUUUUAUGUAUUUAGUUUGUUCCAUAAGGUAUAUUUCUUACUUUUGUGCAACUUUUAUACUUUAUAUUUUGAUAAAUUAACAUUCUUAAUAAGUAGUCUUUUAAUUCAAAUUGUUUAAAAAGUAAUCUGAUCACAGAAUUAAAUAUUCCAUGUUUACAAGUAAUGUAUAGAUGCUAAGAAACUAAUGGUGCAGACUUGUUAUUUUUCAACUGUAUGCUACUUUAUGUUUUAAUAAAUAAUUAUUAAGUGUCAAUUCUAUAAACUUUAUGUGAAAUCCAGAGGUUUUCAAAUGUUCAUUGAAGAUGAAAUGUGAAUGAAAAAUGUGGGUUUAUUGUUAAGAUUACAUUACGAGUAAAUCAAGAAACUCUUAAAUGGCCUUUCUCCAUACAAAGCAUAUCCUCUUUCAUGUGCCCAUUUGUUCCUACUCUCCUUUAUUCUGAAAGUUAUUUCCCACCUUAAGAAAGUUGACUGAAACAUAUUUCUCACAACCUCUCAUUUUGAAACAACACUUUUCUUAAUUCCCAACCAACAUGUGAAGUCUUUAGACUCUAGAAGAAUAGAUAGUAAAGAGUGAAGGCAAUGGACAAUAUAAGGAACAUGACAAAAUUUGUGUCUCUGAUUCCAAAACAGUCUUUCAAGAAACAUCCACAAACUACCAUGACUCUCCUCCUCUUUGGGUUAAAUCACUUUCUCUUUUGGCUGAAAUGAUAGCACAGCAGGUAGGGUGUUUGCCUUGCACUCAGCCCACCCAGUUUUGAUUUUCAGCAUCCGAUAUGGUCCCCUGAGCAUGGCCAGGAGUAAUUCCUGAGUUCAUGAGACAGGAGUAACCCCUGUGCAUCGCCAGGUGUGACCCAAAAACAAAACAAAGCAAAAUAAAAAAACAAAAAACCACUUCCUCUCUUUAGCUUCUCCACUUCCUUUUAGGCCACAGCAACCAAGCAAAAAACAUAUUUAUCUCACGAUUUGGGUUCAAGGAAUCCAUGUUAACAACUUCAAAUAUAUUUACCAAAACCAUACUAUUAUCUGCAAUAUAUAUGUGUAAGCAUUUUUAUUCUUCCAGAUAAAAUGCCAUUUAGCUAAUUUCAUUCCAUAUUUUAUAUUCUAUAGAGUACAAUUAAACUAGUUCUACAUUUUUCAGCAUUUUUGUACUUUACCAAAAUUAUUUUCAUUAAAAUAAAAUCUCUUCCUCUUUAGAUCUAGAGUAACAAAUUGAUUUAUCAAUGAGUUUUUAUGUAC